AUGCGUGUCACUAAACCCCGGGGUAUCAACAAGAAUUAUAUUUUCGCUUCCAAUGCGGCAGGAAACGGCGAGAACGUCCUCGGCAACCUUACAGGAAGUAAGACCAUGCCCAACUUUGAGACUCCUUCCUGUCACCGCGUUGAUAAAGGAUGUCUUUCCGGUGCCAGUCUUCCCAAAGACUGCGAUGACGAUUGGUUUUCUUUGGUCUUCAAUGGCAGUAUCAUUUUCAUCCUCGGAGCUAUCGGCAAAAAAAUCGAACUCUACACCGGGUUGUGUUGCAGUGGGGACAGAUCCGCGACGUCUCUCUGCAAGGCGACCCUGCCAGAGUGGCGGGGGAUAUUCCGAACGGUUCUGCGGUAUGGCCUUGCCAGGGAGGCAGAGCAGCGUCUAAACGACUUUGCAAAGGAGGCAGGGGAAAUUCUGGGCGGCUUUGAGAGGGACGCGGGGGUGAUGCUCGAUGAUUUUGCGAGGGAGGAGGUGAUGGAUGUGUACGCUGACUUUGCAAGGGAGGAGGUGGAGAUUCUGAACGGCUUUGUGAUGGAUGAGAUGGCGAUACUGUACGAUUUUGCGAGGGAGGAGGUGGAGGUGUACGACGGGUUUGCGAAGGAGGGGGGGGUGGAGGUCGGCGACUUUGUGAAGGCGGGGGUGGUGGAGGAGGACGACGACUUUGCGAUAUAG